ACCCACAAAUAAGUCUUAACUUUGAUAUCUUCUGCAUGGUUGGAGGUCACAGCAUUAUCUCAGACUGGACCAAUUUUAUUUCUUCUUUUUCUUUGUUCUGCCGAAAUUCUCAUGUUUUUCCCGGGCUUCUGGAGAAAAUACAUCCUGUUGCUUGCUUUACCCCUGUUGAUAUUCUUGGAAGUUUAGUUUCCGCAUUAGAGAUUAUAAAAUUACUUGUUUUUGUUCUGGGUUAUGUCAUUUACUCUGUCAGAAAGAAGCUGAAGAAGCAAUACAUUCAUCUGAAAUGCAAACAGAUUGAGAAAUUGAAGAAAUCUGAUGUUGAGAUUACAGACAUUAUAUUGUCUCCAGAGGUGGCAUUUACUGGAGAUACAACAUUAGACUACAUGCUUGAUCCACGAAAUGCGGAUGCCUUGAGGGCAAAAAUUCUUAUAACUGAGGCAACUUUCCUUGAUGAAGGGUAUAGCAUCAAGCAUGCACGAGAGCAUGGUCACAGUCACAUAUUUGAGAUCAUGGAACAUGCACAGUGGAUCCGGCAGCAAGGCUGUCCUAUUAACUCAUUUCUCGUCCCACUACAACAUAGAGGUGAUCGUUCGAUCAAAUUGCUUGUCUCCGUUUUAGUUCCUCUGACACAGCAAAUCCCAUUGAAUCUCUAUUAGCUGUUAAGAAGAGGUGUAAAUAGAAUAUCUGUGUGCUUUAAAAUCAAACUUUAUAAAUUUUAUGUAGAAAGCUAGGAAUCAUCAGAAGAAAUAGUUAACAAAAGUGUAACAUAGAAGCAAUUUCUUUUUCAUGCUGAGAUCUUUCUCCUCUGCUUAACGAAGUAUUAUUGCUUGUGGGUUAUGUGGAAAAAUGCCUUAUUUGAAUUCUAAUAAAUGUCAGGAAAAACA